AUGAAGCAACUCGAGGAUAGGUUCAACAGGAAGUUCCAGUAUCCUUAUGUCUUCCUCAACGACGAGCCCUUUAUGCAGAGCUUCAAGCAUCACAUAUGGGCCUUGACCAAUGCCACAGUCGAAUUCGGUCUCAUCCCAUCCGACCAUUGGCAUCAACCAUCGUGGAUUGAUGAAGAACGAGCAAGCAAGUCUCGCGAUGACAUGAUUAAGAACGAUGUGAUUUACAGAGGUAGCGUUUCAUACCGGAAUAUGUGUCGCUUCAAUUCUGGAUUCUUCUAUCGACACGAGCUCUUGCAGAAGUACAGGUACUAUUGGAGAGUCGAGCCAGACAUCCAGCUUUUCUGCGACGUGGACUAUGAUCCCUUUCUCAUGAUGCAAGACCAAAACAAAGUGUAUAGCUUUACUAUAACAUUAUACGAAUUCCCAACUACCAUCCCAACGCUAUGGAACGCUGUAAAGUCUUUCAUUGUUUAUACAUGCUCAGGGUCUCAGACACACAACCGACAGUACGUCUGA